AUGAAACGAUACAAUGAAAAGACAAUUAACGCGAGGAUCCAGAGAGAGCAAAAGAAUGAAUACGCUCGAGAAAGGAUACAGAACGAUUUGAAAUUAGACACGUAUAGCAAAAUACAGGGAAUAUCCAUUGACAAAGCUGACGCAGCGCAAACGAAGAAUCAAAAAGAGGAUUCAUUUAAGAGAGAAAACGAAACGGAAGAAAGCCAACUUCAGAAAAAAGGAAAUACUUCCAAUGGGGGAGAUGAGCAGGAAUAUUUCACAUCACUACAAUUUGACAGCGAGAAAAUUAAAGAAAAUCGAUUGAGACAAUGCGAGUUAUUAAAUGAAAAACAAAAAAAAGAGAAAGAAAUAGCAGAUGAAGCACUGAGACAAAAAGCCAUAGAACAAACAUUACAAAAUGACGAAGGAUAUAAACAAUUAAAAGGAAAAUUAGAAGAAAUAGCUACGUUAAAAAUAAGGGAAAACCAAAUCCGUGAUGCGAAAUACUGCAAAAUAAAGGAAGCAGAUGAUGAAAAAAAAAGAAUUGAAAAACAAAGAGAAGAUUUACUCAAAAAAGAAGAAUUGGAAGAAGAAGAAAAGAAGAAAAAAAAUUAUGAGAAAGUCAUGGAAACUAAAAUGGAAUUACAACAACAAAUACAAGAAAAUCUGAACAAGAAGAAAAACAAAUUUUAUGGAACUGCACAAGAAAGAAGCAACAUCGAAAAUGUAGUCAAAAAUUACAAUGAAGAAGAAAAAAAAAAAAAGGAAGAAGAACUGUUAAAGCAGAAAAAGUUGCUGAAGGAAUUUCAAGAACAAAUUGAAUUGAAAAAUAAAAAAAAACAACUUGAAAAGAAAAAAGAAUUAGAAGAGGAACUAAAAAAUCAAGAAUAUAUUAAACAGAAAGAAGAAAAAAUUAAAAAUCUACAAAAAAAAAAGCAAGAAAAAUCUCUAGAAAAACAAAGAGUUGUCAACGAAUUGGCACAUAAAGAAUAUCUCAUAAGUAAAGAAAAAGAAACUCUCGACGAACUGCUAAAUAAAGUAUACAUUGAAGAACACGACUUUAAGGAAAAACAAAAAGAAAUUAAGGAAAAUGAAAAAAAAUUACAACUCAAAAAUGAAAUGAUAAAACAACUCGAAAUUGACAUCCAAUUAAAGGAACAAAAAAGACAGAAGGAAAAAGAAGAAGACGAAAAAAGAAAAAUUGAAAUACUUGAAGAAAAAAAAAAAUUAGAUAAAAUUGAUCAAUACACUGAUAAAAAAAGGAAAGAAAAAUUAUUACAAUAUAGGAAAGAAAUAUACGAAACCUUCCAACAGAAAAAGGAAGCAGUCAAAGACGAACGUAUACAGGAAGAAAUCGAAAAAAACAAACUUCUGGAGGAACAAAAGGAGUACGAGGAACUCAUAAACAAGGAGAAGAUGAAGCUCCUUCAGAAAUACAGCAAAGACAUUUUGCAAAAUCUGCCUGAGGAUGUCUAUGACAGCUUGAAAAAAAAAAACAUCAUUACGUAG